AUGGCAGUCGCGGGCGCGGAGAUGCGGCUGAGCGUGCCUCAGACCGAUGCGCAUGAGAUGUCUGGUGGGGCCGACGACGCCUCCACGCUCGCGCUCCUUCCGAAGCACACCAAGGUGCGGGUGAGCGGGAACUCGAGAACGAAAUGCAGCCUCAUCAAUUUGGAGGGCGUUGUGAAGAAGGCCGUGGGCUUGGGCGGCUGGCACUGGCUCGUCCUGUCGUCCGGGGAGGAAGUCAAGCUCCAGCGGAACGCCCUGCAAGUCCUCGAACUUCCCACCGGGAACGAACCCGACUUCACCGACGACGACGAGGAGACCACGACGCGGCAACCCACCACGCCUGAAGUGCUGCCCGCCGAGGAGCUGCCACGGAUCCGGGCGCGCCGACCAGGGCGCGCGUACGGGGGCACUGCGGUGCGCUCCCCCGGGGGUCUGGCCGUCGCGGAGCCGACCCCGACGCUCGGCGCGAUCAUCGGCAAGGACGGGCGGCCGAGCAUGAAGGUCAACUUCCUCAAGCUCGACUGCGGCGCGCUCCGGCGGUACCACAAGCACUUCAACCUGACGCAUGUGCCCGAGGACUGUCCGAAACAGGAGCUCGCGCAGGCGGUCGGGGAGCACUUCAACAAGACCAGCGUCGACGAGGCGCAAGUCAUCGACAUGUUCUUCCGGGCGGCGAAGCGCGUUCGAGCCUGA